UAACUCAAGGUCACGCUAUUUAAAUCCGUGCUAAAUUCAGCGUUUACCUUGCUUCGACGGUGUUUCUAAACGCUCGCUAUUACCGACUGAAAUUGCUAAUUCAAGAUUCAAUGUUGGAAGGAGAGUCUUCUUUUCGCUGUAUUCCAAUGUCAAAGAUGCAGGGAAAGUGCGAUGGUCUUCACAGCCCUCAGAAAAGACGAGAAUCUUCAUGGCCUGGUAACCCGUCGAAACGACAUAGAGAUCGACUUAACGCCGAGCUGGAUAACCUCGCGAGGUUGCUGCCGUUUCCUGAGGAAAUCGUCACGAAACUGGAUAAAAUAUCUAUUCUCAGACUUACAGUGAGCUAUUUGAGGGCGAAGAGUUUCUUUCAAGUUUCUAAUGGCAGACAUGGGCAAGAAGAAACUUGCGAAGAACUAGUCAGAGAGGUUGAGGGAAAUGGUGUCUUCUCCCAGCUGUCUCUAGAGGCUCUGGAUGGAUUUAUUGCUGUGAUAACACAAGAAGGGCAGUUGUUUUACGUGUCUGAGAAUGUUAGGGACUUUUUGGGUUAUUCACAGGCUGCUGUUAUUCACCAAAGCAUGUUCAAAUUUCUACACAUUGAUGAUCAGGAUAUGGUGAAAAGUAAUCUAGCUUGGCCAAAGCCAAAUGGGAAAAAGACAAAAACACAAGCAGAUGAAAAAGAUGGAGGAAAAUUAAGUCUGAGUAGCGUUAAAACAGGUUCUGAUGAGAAUGACAGUUUGAACCGCUCAUUUACCUGCCGGAUGAAGUGUACUUUGAAUCAUGGUGGUGGAUUUUACAAGCUUUUCAGAUUAUCAGGCAGAUUGAGGGAAAUCCACACUCGUAAACGAGACAGUCAGGUGGUGGAGUAUGGCCUUUUUGCCAUCUGCUCACCAGCAAACAAUCCAAAUUCUCAUCAUGCAGGUGUGAAUAUUAAGAAAGAGGUUGCCUUGACUGCUCAGAAGAGAUUGGAAAGAUCUAACAGUGACCCAGUUUGUGUAAGGAGAACUGGUCUUCCUUUGACUGGAAUGUUACAUUCCAUGCCCAUCAGCCGUCACUUUUCAAUGUCUGAAAAUCGUUCUGCGGCUGUCAGUCCACUGGCAUCACCUACAACUUCUACUGACUCUGGUCACCCUUCUCCAGACUCUAGCCAAGGAGGAAAGAUGUUACUGACAGAUUCAGAUGUACGUAGUGAUGGCAGUGAGGUUUCUCCACCAUCAAGCAGCAACUCUCAAGAUGUUGAGGGAAGGCCAGCCUCAGAACGUCUUAUGUCUGGUAUAAACAACCCAUUUGUAAAUCCCCACAGGAUUGAUCGGAAACGAGCUGCUGCUUUUAUGGAUUCUAUGAUGGCUGAAGACAAAGAUCCCACAAGGAAACGUUCUCGCAGCUUGGCAGAUGCUGAAUUGUUCUUACGAGAUGGCAUAGACCACAGAUCUUUGUUCUUCAGAAAUAACCUGCCCACUGUUCCUGAAGUGAAAGUAGAAAAUGGUAAGAAGAAAGAGGAAUGUACCCAGUCUUCUGAUGUGCCUGGUAGGAGACUAUUAAACAACCAUGACAGUAGACUUGAUGCAGCUCAGGGUCUUGUGAAUCUUGGAAACAUGGCUUCCCAGUUUCCUGGACUUUGUGCUUUUCCACCUGAAUUGAUGUAUCCUGAUGUCAUGUUUCCACGUGUUGAUAUGCUUCAUGAUCUGCAGCACUUAAGGAAUCCUUUUGACAUUCACAAUCCCUACUGUCUAGGAAGUGAUCCCUACACAGCUGCUUUGGCUAUGAGGAGAUGGCUCAAUAAUCCUGACAUGUUCCGUUCUCAGCUGAACCCACUGUUGGCUGCCCAAUCAGGGCUCCUGAGCCCAGCUGAGAGGCUGCGCUUUCUUAAGUUUCCAUUUGGUUACCCCUCUCCAUUUUCCAGUCCAUCACCCUUUGAUUUUAGUGCUGCUGCUGCUGCUGCAGGGCUGACAGAAAGGAACCUGCCUGAGUAUGCCUUUAGGAGCCUCUACCAGAAUGGCCUGGUUCCUGAUAUGGCCAGGAGUAGUGCUUUAAAAGAAACAGAGCAGAAGCAGACUUCAUUCACAGAGAAACAGGCCAGAGAAGGGAGCUCCUCUCCACCAAGUAAAACACCUAGCAAAUCAGCAACCCCUGAUAAUUCCAAGAAGAGUGAAGUAGAAAAUGGAAAAGAGAAAAAAGAGGAAAGUGAUAUGGAUGAAUUCUUUGAAGAGAAGAAAAAGUCAAUAAAGGAUAGAAAUGCUGCAGAAGAGGAUGAAGAUGAAGAUGAAAAAGUUGAUGUGGUGGGGGGAGUCAAGCCAACAUCAGUACUGCGACAGACAUUUGCAGGGAUUCAAGAGGAAUUCAAUAGUCGAUUGGAGAACUUGAACAAGUCAUUUGCUCGAUCUUUGGAUCAAAAUAUGACUUGCCCUUGAAGCAGGUAAGUUCCUAGUAGCUAUGGAAGCCUUAAAAAUUGUCUAGAAAAGAUGUUUGGGCCAAUUGAAACUCAGUCCUUGAGUUUUUUCGUGAAUUUUUACACAUUUUUGUCUUCCUUCUCCAUUUCUUGUGCCAGGUCUAGUUUGUUUUGAGUCAAAUCUCUCAUUUUCUUUUAUAGUACAAUGCAGUAUUCAUACAAUGAUGAAUUAUUAAUCUGCGUCAGUCUGUCUGUUUGUGCCUCCAUUGUCUUUCUUCAUACUUGUGUUACUCUUGUCUCUUAUUGGACACUAGAAAGCAAUGUGCUAUAGAGCCCAAAGAUCUUUUCUAACCUCUGACAGUUGAAAGGGCUUCCUUGGUCAGCCCUUACUGUUAUUUUUUCAAUGGUUAUAGGCUUGUCUAUAGUUUGGACAAUUGGGUUAUUGAAAGUAGUUAUUGUUUCCAAGCAAUGCACUCUAGAUUUCAACUUCAAGAAUAUGGAACAACUUAGAUAUGUAGUGAUUGUAACAUGCUAGAGAUCUUCUUAGUAGUUGUAUAGCUGCAGUGUGAAGCUUUGUAUAUUGCCUUAUUUGCUUUUGCCUAUUUUAGAGAUAAGGUUUGCUAGAUUACAAUGGAGGUGAAAGGAACCAUGAAUAUCUGUUUCCUUUUUAAGGUAGUGUAUAGAUUAGGUGUGAUUAGCACAUAAGGAUAUUAGAAUGUUAGUUUUAAGGAUUUUGAGGACUACCUCAUUCGAUUUAUUCACACCCUCUAGAUUAGGGUGUGGCAGAUACCACAUGUACUUCUUAGCUUCGUUCUCAGACCAGCUUUGGACAUAUUGUCUUCAAAGCACUGAGAACCAGGCACAAAAUGCUUCGCUUUGGCAGGGCAUUGGGAUUCAAAUAGAAAAUGGGGGAAGACAAUCUUGUAUUAAACUGUUCAAGGAACAUGGAAGGAGAGUUUCCCCAAAAUUUUUGGACAGAAAUCAUCAGUUGUUGUGGAAUGAUAAAACUGAAUAUUGAUCAAAGGGAUCAUUGGCUGACUGCGGACUGUCGGGGGUAAAAUUGUGUCCGAUUUUUCCAAUACCACUUGUACUUCUUACUAUGCGAGCAAGAAUCAUUGUUGCUUGCUGCCCUCAAGGGUUAUCAGUGCAUUCUCUAGUAAUUGUGGAACAGUUAUUGAGAUUGCUCAGUUUAUUUUUCAUGUAUGCCUUCAGUACUUGCCUGUAACAAAAUAGCCGACAGCAAAGAUUUGGGGUCAUUAGAAUUAACUUUAACUUUGCCUGCUUGGUUAUCUAGAAUCAGGUUGGUUGUUCUCAAAUACACCUUUUUUUCCUUAAGCUUAUUUCAGUCAUAAAAGCGUAAUGUUUUAGUUGUCUUGUCAUUUAGUUUUGUUUUUUAUAGUUCAGUUAAUUUAAUGAAUGUAUUUUCAGCACCGUCGAGAAAUACUGAGUUAAGUUACUUUUUCAGUGACUUUGUUGUAACUAUCUCUAAAAUAGCCUGCUAUGUGUGAUAAAAUAGCAUCUUUGGAGUAAAGAAGUGUAGAGCACAGUUCAAUUGUAUAGUUUAUAAUAACUCAUUUGUGGCAACUAGUCAGCUAGAAUGAACCAGACGGGACAAAAUUCAUUUCGUGUAAAAUCAGGCUCGUAAUUUUACCAAUCAGUCGUUUAUAACAACUAUGUUUUUUUUCUUGAAUUAUGCUAUGUAGUCUGUGUUGUUGCUUAUUGUAUUAUAAUUGCAAAUAUACUCAUACUUAGAAAGCGACUCGUGUCUUGGCAAUGCAUAAUCGGAGUUUCUUAGACGGGUGAGGUGCGCGUCCAGAACGCGUCUGAAGUGCGGUCUAAACGCGGCCACCGUUGGACGGUUUUGUAAGUUUAUAGGUACAGAAGCAUCGCAUUAAUUAGGUACACAGUAUGGAUAUUUUGUUAUUGAUCUAAUUACAGUGAGACUGACUUAAGGGAGUUAUUUAUCCUCCUCUUAUUUAGGUUUUCAUUCAACAUUUUUGAUUAGUUUUUUUUGUUAUAGCGUAGUCCUUCCUUUGGCUCUUUGGGAAACGAGUAUUCAGAAUAAGAAAGCUUUUGUAUUUGAGUAGUAUUCAGGUGGUCUUUUUUUUCUUGAAAUUGUUUGUAUGUUAAAUUUGGCAGGGUUUUAAUCAAAGUAAUUUUUCAAGAGUGUUCAGUUCAGUUUGUUUUCUUUUAAUUAUUUUUCGUUGAUUGUUUUUGUAAAAUUUUCCAUCUUUUGUGGCUACCACCUUCACCUGAUUGAUCUAGGAUUGUAUUGUUACCAAACGCUCUGAACAAAGGGAAGGAAAGUAAAUAUAUUUUUAGCAGAUAUAAGAAAGCAGGCUGCUAUAUAAAGCCAAGCUGUUGUUUUAACACCACCUAGUGGUCAAUCAAGUUCUGAAAAAAAAGCGCAUUUAUAGUAUAGAGUACCGAUAUUGAACGCAGAGUGCAGACUUCUUUGUAGUGUGUAAGAUUCUCCAGUAAAAUAUAUAUCCACAUGUAUCUUCAUAUACCUCAUGUUAUAGAAAGAGUAGAGACUAUUGUAUUGUGGUAAAUAAAUAAAGCUUCUACCUGAAUUUUU